GCGUUGCGAGGGCGCAGCGUCAACGCAACGCAGAUGUGGCAUACAAUACGUUGUUCCGUUGCGACAACGCGAUGCAACGCAACGCAACGGAUUAAUGGGGCUUCGCCCUUAUGGGACAAAACUUUGGAAAUAUAUAAAGACAAGCGUAAAAGUUUAAAAGCUUGGUUUGAGAUCUGCCAUAUAAAGAAUGAGAACUUUGCAGACCUACCCGAUACGGAGAAAAAUAAAUACGGUAAACUAAUAUCUCAGAAAUUGAAGAAUAUAAGGGAUGCGUGGAUGAAAUGCGACAAAAAGAUACGUGAAUCGAAAUCUGGAUCAGCAGGGAAGGAGGGGAACGCGCGCGGUGGCGGCGCGGCGGCGACGCGGUGGCGGGCUUCGCGCGACUCGUAUCUACAGUGUAAUUGCGCGGCGUCGGCGCGGCGACGGCGCGGUGACGGCAUCGUGUGCAGGAACGCUUACACUGUGGCCGUUGCCGCUCCAUAGAUAUGGGCCCUUAGCAACAGGAGCAGAAUAAUACGUCUUUUGCGGCCCAUGUCAUGGCCAUGAUAAAAACUGUAUUGGAAACGAUGGUCGCUGCUGCGUGCCCGCGUGGUCAACCGUAACCGGAGGGUAAAUAGGGAAAUGGACGCUGCUGUCGCUUUUGAUAAUGCUAUAGGGAUACAGCAGGCUCUGAGUGUUAUCGGCGCUCUUAUGCUUACCGCCUAUCUCUUCCCCAAGCAGGCCACCGUCGAAGAUUUCGAGGAAUACGACUUCAUAAUAGUCGGUGGAGGAUCGGCAGGGAGCGUGAUCGCCGAUAGACUGUCUGAGUGUCCUCAGUACAAGGUGCUGGUGAUAGAGGCAGGUGAUAAUCCACCUUUUGAAUCGCUGGUACCAGCGCUGUUUCCAUAUCUUUCUUAUUCGCAGUAUGAUUGGAAUAUAUCCUCAGUUAUUGAAUCGAAUGCUGGAAAUGGUCGAAAAUCUAAAGAAUUUAAUAUAGGUUGUGGACGUGUGUUGGGUGGAGGCAGCAGUAUUAACAAUAUGUACUACGUUCGUGGUUGUUCUGGAGAUUACAAUCGCUGGUCUUUACUGAGCAACGAUAUUAGUUGGGCUUACGAUAAUGUUCUGCCAUACUUUAUAAAAAGUGAACGACUUGUGAACAAGGAAAUUUUAAAUUCUCGGUACAGAUUGUACCAUGGCACGAAAGGUUUCUUAGGUAUAACCAGGGAAAGCAGACCAGUAACGAAUAAAUAUUUACAAGCAUUCGAAGAAUUGGGUAAUGAGAUACUUUUAGACGUUAAUGGGAAACAGAGUGUGGGAUACACCCUUCAGCUGUUUACAAUAGCUGAAGGAAUAAGACAGACAACUGCAUAUACUAAUCUGGGAGCAAAUAAACAUAGAAAGAAUCUUCAUGUGUUAAAGCAAACUACAGUUACAAAAAUUUUAUUCGAUGAAAACAAUAACGCUAUUGGCGUAAAAGCUAUUACAAAUAAUAAUAAAACGAUAACGCUUAGAGCAAAACGUGAAGUCAUUAUAUCAUCUGGUGCUAUUAAUACUCCUAAAUUACUCAUGUUGUCUGGCAUUGGUCCAAAAGAACACCUAAAAUCGCAUAAUAUAAAUGUAAGGAGUAAUUUACCUGUUGGUCUCAACUAUCAAGACCAUUCGUUACUAUUGUUAUCUUUCAAAAUGGAAAAAAGCGAAUUCCCUACCAAACCACCUAAUCCAAAACAAUUGCAAUUUCCAAUUGUAGCUGGUUAUGUAAAACUUAAUAAAACGAAUACAUGCGCCGAUUAUCAGGCCCUUAAUAUGAUAGUACCAAAUGACUCCGAAGGCCCCCUUCAAUCUUGUACCUUUAAUUUUAGAUAUAAAGAUUAUUUAUGUCAAAAUUUGUACGAAGCAGGUAAAGAUAGAAACACAAUGUUAACCGUAUUAAUUUUAUUACAUCCUAAAUCAAGAGGGCGCAUAACGUUAAGUUCGUCAAAUCCAGUGGAUCCACCAAAUGUUUUAACUGGUAUAUUUUCUGAUAUAAGAGACUUAGAAGACUACACCAGCUACGUUGAAGAUUUUAUUAAAGUUGUUAACACAACUUAUUUCAGGAGUGUCCAAUCUGAAAUAGUAGAUUUAAAGCUACGUGAAUGCGUUGAUUUGACGUUCGGUAGUAGAGAAUAUUGGAGGUGUUAUGUAAAAACAAUGGCAACGACAUCGCUACACUUUAUUGGCACCGCUUCUUUGGGGUCCGUGGUCGAUAGCAAGCUUCGUGUUUUGAAUGUAAAUCGAUUGCGAGUGGCCGAUGCAAGUGUUAUGCCAUCACAUAUUAGCGGUAAUCCAAACGCGCCAGUGAUAAUGGUCGCUGAAAAAUUGGCCGAUUUUCUAAAACAAGAACAUGGCUGUCAUGGUCAGUGUUCUUAGUUCUAACAUUUUAUUACGUUGUUUUUGUAAUAGAACUUAGAAUAUAUAUAUUUUAAUUAAUUUUGUCUGUCUGUUAGUGUUCGGUACAAAUUUUACUAUCGGUGUUUUUGUGACUUUGAGGUGUCGUUAAUCCUACAUACAUAAUUUAGUAGUUUAUCUAUUCAAAUAAAAGGCCAUAACAUU